AUGCUUACGGUUUGCAAUAAGGAAGACUGUCUUUUUCACCACAAACUUUUGGAAAACCAUCGUGACGUGUAUUACUCCACCAAGCAUGACAUACUGCUUAACCUGGAUGGGGUGAAACAGGUGUUCAUAGCGGGACAAAACCUCCCACAGUCCUCUCUCUUCUUAUCCGAGAAGAACACUGUUCCACUGGAGCGCCUGCAGCACCGGGAGAGGAGAAACCGACAGGUGAAUCCAUCAGACCCGCUGAACGCACUCCGGUACGCAGAGGCGUCAGACUCCAGAGCUGCUCAGGAUGAUGAUGGGGACUUGGACUUUGAGCCGUCAGAGGGUCGAAACAUCUCCAGGGAAACUCUGGUUUCCCCUUCCGAUGAUGACCCGUGGGAUCUUCUUCACGACUCGAGCCCCGGCAGUCCCCGGAUUUCAGCAGUUGUAGGAUAAAGUUACAGAUCCUCCAUGGCUUGACUGUUGAACCGCCGCUGCUUUGCGCAAAGUCGAUGCGCCAGCGUUAAAUCGUCAUAAAUAGCCUAAGUGUUUUUAAGGACAUAUAUUUAAAAUCAAUUUCACGUGUGCAUUCUUAAAAGUAAAGGUUCCAAA